AUGGGUCGUCAAAUCAUCUCCGGUGGCUGUCACCCGGUGGAGAGGAGCUGGAUGGAGGUGGGGCGCGUGUUAGAGAACUUCAUCCUUAGGUCCGUGCAACAAGAGGAGGCUCUUCAUUGCAUCUGGUACGCCCUCAAGAGGUGGCGACUCGUCUCUCGGCAGAUCAUCCUCUUCCCGAUGAUGGCUUGUUCGUCGAUCAAUCAGAGAUGA